GUUUGAAGGGCAGGCCGUGUCUGGCUGACCAGGUCAAAGAAAGCUGUUAUCCAUGGAACUUCAACACUUGAAUAUCAGUGGAACAAGUGGUAACAGUAAAAAAACAGAAGACAGUGGAACAUGUCAAUGCAUGAGGUUUCUCCAUCGGAGGUGUUUUGUGCUUCUCCUGGCUGUGGGGAUCCUGGUGAUCUUCUACGUAACCACCCUCUUCACUCUUCAUAUAAGCCAGACUCCACUCUGGCUGCUAGGAGGCCAGGAUCUAACUCCUCUCUCUUAUAUCAAUGGAAAUGAGGGGGAGUUUUUUCCACCAUACAAUGUAGCAUACCCACAGAAAUAUAAGUUUGUCCUGGAUGAGCCUCAUGAGUGCCAGGACCGCAGCCCCUUCCUGCUUCUGAUGGUGCCAGUAGCUCCUGGUAAUCUGGUAGCCCGGGAGGAUAUCCGGAAGACUUGGGGUAAGGAGAGCCUGGUUCUGGGACGGGCUGUGCGUCUGUUCUUCCUGUUGGGCCUGCCCAGUGGAGCGGAGGCAGAGAGGAUGCAGGAGGAGGUGCUGCUUGAGAACCAGCAGUACCAUGACAUGCUGCAGAGUGACUUCCAGGACAGCUACUUCAACCUGACCAUCAAGACCAUGGUGAUGCUGGAGUGGCUGGCCUCUCGCUGCCCCGGCGCCUCCUUCGCCAUGAAGAUCGACUCUGACAUGUUCCUCAAUGUGCACAACCUGGUCAACAUGCUGAUAGACCCAACUACACCAAAGCACAACUACAUCACUGGGAAGUUCAGCCAAAACACACAAGUGGUGAGAGACCGCACCUCAAAGUGGUACAUUCCCAAUAAGGUUUACCCCAGUACCAAAUUCCCUCCCUACCUUUUGGGAAAUGGUUAUGUCUUUUCCAUAGAUCUUCCUGAGAAGAUAGUGGAAGCAUCCAAACAAGUCCGUGCCAUAUUUUUAGAGGAUGCCUACCUGGGUAUGUGUCUGAGCCAUUUAGGGAUUGCAGCCAGUUACCCACCUAACUCUUCCCUCUUCAAGCUUUCCAUGCCCUACACUCAUAAUCGCUGUUACUACUCUACUGUCAUCACUACCGAAAUGGACCAUGUGAGUGACCUGCUGCAAGUCUGGGAGGACUUACAGAGACCUGGCACCCCCUGCUAAGGACAAUGAAUACCUCUUAAAGCUUUGAAUCCUUACCCUGCUAAGGACAAUGAACACCUCUUAAAGCUUUGAAUCCUUAUAAGUAUUAAACACACUAUGUAAGCACAUGCAUACAAGUACUAAACAAAUAGGUAGGCACAUGCACACACACACACACACAGGCAUCAUGGUAUCAUAGUAUAAUUCACUCACUCUCAAACAGCUUUUUCAUGUCAUUCUAAAGUAGUAACAUGUUAUUACAUGGUAAUUACCACAUGAUAUGACCAGAUAAUGUUGUUACAAUAACAGCAUUACUACACAAGUAGAGCUACGUAUUGUGUAGUGUUACUGCUCGGUCUUGCAAGUAUAAUUUCCCAUGACUGUCUUAAAUUCAAAUGGCAACGUGGGAUCUUGUGUGUAUCUAUGAAGUAAGUAUCAAAUGAUGUUCAAAGACGAGCAUGAUCUGUGUGUAUCACAUUAUCACAUGUGACAGUAUAGUCUCAAUUUCUGUACAUCAUCAAGACAAACUCAUAUAUGGACACAACAUAACAGCUACCGUGCUGUUUCACACCAGCCUUUUUCUACUGCACAAGAUUUUCACUGUCACUAGAUGGCAGCAGUGAAUUUGACUUAAACAUUUGUCUUGUGUGCUAUUGUUUUGCUUGCUUGUGAUUUGUACACUCAGUUGAUGCCUAUUUAAGAUUGAUAUUGUUACAAAUUCCUGGAAUGUUUGUAAAAAUGUUAAACUGAAU